AUGAGUGCUCCAAGCAAGAGAAAAGGUCGAAACAACGCUGGUGGAAGAUGGAGACCUAAUCAAAGUGAUCAGUGGAAUAUGCCACCAAGAAAUCCAUCCUCUAACCAAUCAAGAAAUCCUGUUGAUUCUUUCAAAUCAGGAAAAAUGAGGAUUCCAAAUGAUGGUGAAGGCGUGUACGGGAACAGCCGCUUUCUUUAUGUAGCAAUGUGUUUAAUAGGCACCCCCGUCAGUAUCCAAGUUAAAAAUGGAAAUGUGUAUGAAGGCAUUCUUGUAACUUUUUCACAGAAGAUGGAAAUCAUUUUGUCAAUGGCCCAUAAGGUCGAUGAUAGAUUAAAUCCCAAUAAUAACUCUGUUAUUCCAAAUAAGGAAAAUGUUAUUGAUAAUCUUAUUAUAAAAUGUGCUGAAAUUGUUAAAUUAGAAGCUAAAAAUGUGGAUUUGGAUUAUGCUGUGAAAGACACAUAUCCAGAGCCUUCAUCUCGCUUGAAUGGACAAUUACCUGAUAAAGACCUUACACCUUGGGAAGGUGACAUAGAAGAUGGGAAAAUGACUAGUCUAGAAAGUGAUGCAUCUAAUGGUUGGGAUCCCUCAGAUAUGUUUAAAACUAACUAUGAGCAGUUCAAUGUGAAAUCAACAUAUGAUGAAAAUUUAUCUCAAUACACAACCCCAUUGGAAAAAAGAGACACAAAGGAAUAUAAGGAACGAGAAGAAGCAGCUGCAAAGUUAGCUGAUGAAAUAGAAAGAAGUGAUAGCUACAAACAUCGUAUAUCAUUAGAGAAUGGAGAAGGUGAAGAUGAAGAAAAGUUUGCUGCUGUGAUAAAACCAGAGGUAUCAAAUAAUAAUGCAGGAACAGGGAGAAACCCUGGGCGUAAAAUCCCAAAUCGAAGUGGUGGUGCCAGUCUUAGAGCAACACCUACAACAAGUACGCAGCAGCCUCAGUUAACCUCUGCUGCUUCACAACAGAUAUCUUCAUCUCAACCCCAAAUUGUUCAGCCAAGUCAUAGUAAUUAUUCUCAACAAGCCCAAUCCCGAGAACAGCAGCCACCUCAGCCACAAUCCUUGCCCUUGCAACAACCACAAGUUUCCAAAGUUAAUGAAUCUCCUGUUGUCUCUCCAACUUUGGAAAGUAUUAAAGUAAAUGGAACAUCUGAAAAAGAAGAAAAAGAAUGUUCAACUGAUCGUUCACCUGCUGUGCCUGCAGAGAGCAAAGAUACUGUACAUGCUACUUCAGUUUCUGAUGACUGUCGGAGAAAUUCAAACACCAAAGGAGAACGAGCUAUGGAAAUACAAGCCCUCAAGCAGUUUAGUUCAAACAUAAAACUAUCUGGUGACAAGGAUAAAGAGAGAGUGGAGAAACAAGAAAGACAAGAUAAAUCGGAAGAAAGAAAGGAAACUGAGAAGAAUAAAGAAUUUGAAAAAUCUGAUAAAUUAUCUGCGAAAGUAAAAAAUUCUACAUUGAAUCCUAAUGCUAAGGAAUUUAACCCAAAGACUUAUCCACAGAAACAUUGUGUACAGACACCCCCUCCACCACGGCCACAAACUCAGAGUCCAGUAGCAAUUUCUGCAAUGCAAAGCCAACAGUUAUUUGCACCAUACAUUGUUCCUAUGUCUAUGCAAGCUACACCACAACAAGCUACUAAUCAAAGCAACCGAUUUGCAACAACGAAACGUAUUGUGCCUGUUCCUCGGCAUGAUUUUAAUGCUCAGGCUGCUGCAGCAACAGGACAACCAUUACUGGCCCAAACUGCUCUCCAGGCUGCACCCUAUAUUUCGUACUUCUCAGUACCACCUCCAACUCCCACGCCCUAUCCUCAGCUUUGGAUGGUAAAACCUGAUCACAUGAUGACUAUGACACCAGGUUCAAGACUGACACCAUCGGUACCUCUUGUUCCAACAUCCCACCCUGGGCCCAUGGAACAGACUGGGAACCACCAACACUCGGCACAACCUGUUUUUGUGGCUCCAGCUGGACCAGUUCCCACACAUGUGCAGCACCAUCCUAAUCAUGGUCCAAUGCCUCAUCCAACUCCUACGCACAUGGGCCAUCAUCCGGGUGGAGGACAUACUCAAGGAAAUCAAAUAAAUACUCAGGGAAGUGGACAUCCAGCCCCGAGUCCUGUCCAAACCCAAGGCCCAUCAUCCCAACAAAGCCAACAUCCACAGCACCCGCCCAGCUCUGGAACUCCUCAACCUCAGCCUCCACCCCCUAUAAACUACCAACCAAUGAGCAUCCAGGGGCAUCCACCACUUCAAGGCAGUCCCCAUAAUCCUACAUCUCCUCCCAGUGUCCAUCCAGUGUCACUGCCAUACCCUUUACCUCCCCAUUCACACAUGCAGGCCACUGGUGCACAGAUGUCAGUACCAACUGGUGCCCAGGGGCAUCCACAGACUUCUGUUACACACUCACAAAUGCAUACCCACUCCCCUCAUGUAAACCAACAAAUAGUUAUGAUGCCCCAACCUCCUCCAACACAUCCACAUACACCACAACACAUGCAGCCUCAACCGGUUCAGCAUGGACAUCAUUUUCAGGGACACCCUAUGCCAGGGUCACAUGUCCAUGCUCCUAGCCAUCACAUUAUGGCAACACAGCCUGCUACAGCUAUUCCAGUGUCCACACAGUCAAAUGUUCAUCAAGGUCAGAUGCACUUUCUUCCUGUAGUGAGAGAAUCUGUUGAUAGUAGUGUGCGAUAUACCCCCCCUGCUUGUGUUCAUGGAUGUAUAAGAUGUCCAACAACCCAGGUAAAUCAGAGAAAAUCGUACAAUCCCAAGGUGCUCCAGUCCAGACCUACCAACAGAGCCAGUAACAAAACCACUGGCAAUCAUAAAAUGAUAAAAAGACUAUGCUGA